UUAUCAUUUAAAUUUUUGUUUUCUAGUUUGUGUUUGAGACACCAAAUGACGGAUGAUAGUGAUCCCUAUGAUCCCUACACGAAUCGCGAUGUGGAAAAACCAAUUUCAGACAUUGGAGCGUUUAUUUUGCUAGUAAAAUGUAUAAUAGGGAUUGGAGUUCUGGCUCUGCCGUUGGCAUUUAGUUAUUCCGGCGCAAUUUUAGGAAUUUUUCUCCUUAUCUUAACAUCAUGUAUAUUUAUCCAUGGAAUACACCUACUGAUCUAUUCAAUGGUGGAGUGUUCGCGCCGAACUCGAGUUGGUUACACCAACUUACCAGACUCGAUGGUCUACGCCUUUUCCCAGGGUCCCAAGUGUUUUAAAUAUAUUUCCAAGGGAGCAGGCCUUCUGGGGGAUGUGGUUUUGUGUCUUUCCGCCUAUUUAGUCUGCGUGGUUUACUUGGUAUUUGCGUCCUCUAGCACAAAAGUUUUAGUAGAACUCUAUUUUCCAGCAAUAGAUAUUCGAUUCUAUAUUUUUAUAAUCGGACUAGUAGCCAUUCCACCCUUCUGCAUUAUGUACCUCAAAUACCUGAUACCGUUCAACUUUGUGGCCAAUAUACUGAUCUACAGUGCAUUCGCCAUGAUGUCCGGCUACAUCUUUCACGAUCUGCCGCCGUUCAGGGAUCGUAAUUCUUUCGGCGACAUCGCGGAGAUUCCGAAGUUCUUAGUAAGGGUUAUCUUUUCCGUCACCUCGGUGGGAGUGAUGCUGGCAAUCGAGAAGAGGAUGGCCAAGCCUCAAAACUUUCUGGGUUGGUUCGGCAUAGUCAAUUCGGCCUUCCUACUAGUGAUUAUCACCUACAUCAUUUUUGGAUUUUUUGGCUACUGGCGCUACGGAAAUGACGUUAAAGGCCAUAUCACGCGAAACCUGCCCCACGAACCACUGGCUAUGGCCGUUCUAGCAGCCUUCACCAUCGACGUCUUUCUGUCGAUUCCCCUCUGCGGAUACGUGGUGAUCGAUAUCAUAAUGUCGCACUUCUGGAACAAAAGUGGCAACCUGAAGCAUCCCCUGCUAAAGGAGCUCAUAUUGCGAAUUUGCUUUAUGAUACUCGCAACCCUGAAUGCAAUUGCCCUUCCUGAUUUGAGUGCCUUCGCAGGCGCCUUCACCAUUUCGCUGCUAAACCUCAUAUUCCCGGCUUUCCUCGAGAUCUGUUUGUAUUAUCCAGAGGAGUACACCUAUGGCAAACUGAAAUGGAAACUGGUCAAGAACAUUCUCAUGAUUAUUUUCGGGGUUUACGUUUUAAUACAAGGCUUAACUGUCGCCUGCUUCAGGAUAGUCAGGUUUUAUGGUGGCUUACCUCGGACUACUAGAGGAAGUUUAAAAAUAGGCCCUAGAAUGGGGUCCACUGGCGCGAAUGAAAGCUUCUUAAUGCCCUAAAUAACCUUCAGAGCCACUGAACCAUCCGAAGAGUAUGCUGUUUAGUUUAGAAAUUAUAUCACCAACUCAAUAAUUACGAUGACCAUAGUGAAAGCAUAUCAAAAUAAUGUUUAGGAGGGUCCAAGGAACCUAAGUAACCUCCUGGAAAUUGGUUUACCAUCGGAGGAAAUGCACAAUCGCUUAGCAGUUUUGUGGCGGCAGUUCUUAUGAUUUGUUCGUCGGGUGGUUUCCCCAACUUGCCACAUUAUUGCAGACAAUUUUGCGGCUGUUAACGACAAAUGACAUUCGGAGAGCUCUGAAUUUUAUGGGCAGACUAGCGCAGCUUAAGUGGAUUGAAGUGGAUUGGAGUCUGAUGGAAUGAAGAACGAAGUCUUCGGCGGUGCUGUGGUGCAGUGUGGCUGUGGUGAGCGGGUUAUGCGGGUGCUGCGACCAAGAAACCGAAAGGAGGAAAACCCCUGAAAGACCCCGGUAAACCAGCCGGUUUCACCUGCCCCAGUCGCACCACCUUCCCCUCGUUGCUUUUUACUCCGCAUCUACGAGGCUGCAACGUGGUGUAAUUAAUGCAGCAGCAGCUGCGCUUUGCCUUCUGCACCACCGUCCCUUAACCCCCCCAACACCCCACUGCCCCCUGACCGACGGCCGCUUAUCUCUGGCUGGCAUAUCGAACAAGAAAAGAAAUCUUUUAUAGUCUUUUGCGGUUUGUCUUUGAGUCAUUUUGGCAUGCAUUUGGCAUCGAUUUA